AUGAGUGCGGCGUUGGUACGCAUCGUAGACGCGUGGUUCACGCGGGCGGGAGGACUGGUGACGGCGGGAAAGAGCCCGAGACCGGUGUUUUCGGAGGCGGUGAGCUUCACGUUGCAUGCGAAGACACGGCUGGCCGUGGUCGGGGGCUCGGCGAAGACGGACCUGCUUGGGGUGCUUGCGAACCAGUUUGUCGGCCACCCGGUGGCGGCAAGGACGUUUCCGGCGUCGCUAAGGGAUGCAGGGUUCCGGACGGAGCUGUUGCGGUUUGUGAACAACGGGUCGUGGGGCCACGGGGCGCACGACACGUCGGGCGGGUUCACGCACUUGUCGUCGAGGUACGAGUUCUUCAAGGACCUGGAGGUGGACGAGGUGGUGGAGGAGUUCAUUGCGGACCAGUCGUACAACUCGAACACGGGGUUCGACCGGGACCGCGUGCACCGGCUUGUGCAGAUGUUGCACCUUGCGGGGCUGCAGGGCCGCUUCAUCACGACGCUGAGCAACGGGCAGUUUCGGCGGGCCCGCAUCGCGAAGGAGCUCUACAAGGAGCCGUCGGUGUUGUGCAUCGACGACCCGUUCCUGGGCUUGGACCCGGUUGCGACGGCCACGGUGGACGACGUGCUCCGGACGACGGCGUCGGACCCACGCCUCAAGACGACGCUGGUCCUCGGCCUGCGGGUGCAGGACGACAUUCCGGAGUGGAUUGACGACGUCGUGCUGGUGGACGAGCACGGCAUCCAGGCACAGGGCAAGAAGGCGGACCUGCUGGAGGACCUUGCCCGGGUGAAACACGAGUUCCACGCGAGACACGUGCGGUUGCAGAAGCAGGUCCAGGAGAAGCUGGCGGCGGCCGGCGCCACGCUGCGGAGCCGGACCCACGGCGGCAGCAGUCCCGGCAGCACCAUCGUCGAGAUGAACAACGUGAAUAUCCGCUACAAGGGCGUCUCCACGAUCAAGGACUUGAACUGGACCGUCAGGGAGGGCGAGAAGUGGCACAUUCGGGGCCGAAACGGGUCCGGCAAGACCACGCUGCUCUCCCUCAUCACCUUGGACCACCCGCAGUCGUGGAACAGGUCCAUCAAGGUCUUUGGCGUCGAAAGGGCCCCCGGCAAGGUGAACUACUUCGACACAAACAAGUACAUCGGUUUCACCUCGCCGGAGCUCCACGCACUCUACCCGAAGAAUCAUACCGUGUUUGAGACUAUCUCAACGGGGUACGUUGUCGGGUCGUAUAUCCCUCCACGGGAGAACAUGACCGCACAACAGGCCGAGAAGAUCGACAGCUUCUUGGAGAUGCUCGACCUGGCGUACCUCCGAGACGUGAAGUUCUCCGCCAUCCCCGUGAGCAAACAGAAGCUGGUGCUCCUCUUAAGAGCGAUCAUCAACGAUCCGAAGAUCUUGAUCUUGGAUGAGGCGCUGAGCGCAAUGACGGACGAAGACGUCAUCAAGGGCAAGGCCCUGGUCGACCAGCUGAACACGACGUGUCUAGUGAUCGGCCACGUCGACGAGGAGGUCCCCAAGUGCGACAAGUACAUCGUCGUCAACGGCGCCAGACACGGGGUCUACGAGAUCGGCGACGUCUGA